CAACAAAUUAUUAGGGCGAUGAAACCCUUUCAUGGCAAGUUAGCAACAUCUUUGAAAUGGAUUCAUUCUUUCAGACUUUCAACUUCAUCUUUAUCACUCAAAAAUUCCAUAAAUUCAUCUCAAAUUCUGGAAAAACUCUCAAACCCUUCUCAAAUGAAGCAAAUUCUCGCCCAAAUUAUCAUUCAGAAUCAACAUUUGGACCAAUUUUAUCUUAUGAAGUUCAUUGAUAUUUGUGCUACUUCAAAUGGGUUCACUUCCUCUGCUCUUAUUUUCUCUCAUUUUCAUGAAUUUUUCGACUCUUUUGUUUGUAAUUCAGUCCUUAGAACUUAUACCCAUUUAAAGAAACAUUGGCAUUCAAUUUUUGUGUAUGUACAAAUGCAUAAACAUGGUGUAUCCCCUGAUUUAUUGACUUUUCCUGCUGUAAUUAAAUCAACUGCUAAUUUGGGUCGUCGUAGAUUAGGGAAAUCAUUGCAUUGUUGCGUAAUUAAGAUGGGUUUUGGUUCAGAUUUGUUUGCAAAUACUGCACUUGUUCAUAUGUAUUGUUCUUGUUCUUGUUCAUCGAUUGAUGAUGCCCGUAGAGUGUUUGAUGAAAUGCCUGAGAGAAAUUCUGUUUCUUGGAACGCGUUGAUUACUGGUUAUGUACAUGGAAGGCAGUUUUUAGAGGCGUUUGAUGUGUUUAGGGACAUGAUGAGGGAUGGGGUAGAGUUAAGGGAGGUGACUAUGGUGGGGCUAUUAUCGGCUUGUGCUAACUUAGGAGCUCUGGAUCAUGGGAGGUGGGUUCAUGACUAUAUAAGGCGAAAUGGGUUGGCGUUGAAUGUAUAUGUUGGCACUGCUCUUAUUGAUAUGUAUGCAAAAUGUGGGAUUCUUGAGGAAGGUUGUAAGGUUUUUAAGGCUAUGAAGAUUAAAAAUGUGUGCACUUGGAAUGUUUUGAUUUCAGCAUACUCAAUGAAUGGACGAGGAGAGGAUGCUUUGACGGCGUUUUAUAGCAUGGUUUUUGAUGACUAUAAGCCUGAUGAUGUUACAUUUUUGGCUGUUUUAUCGGCUUGUUUUCAUGAAGGUCUUGUUGGUGAGGCCAGGUCUCAUUUUAGAAGUAUGAAAGAGGUGUUUGGAGUGGAACCAAAGAUGGAGCAUUAUGGUUGUAUGAUUGAUCUGCUCAGCCGAGGUGACUUAAUUGAUGAAGCUAUGGAACUAAUUAGGACCAUGCCCUUGAUUCCAGACCCGACCAUUUGGAGAGCAUUGCUUCGUGCCUUUCAAGUUCGUGAAAAUGUCCAUUUGGUUGAACUUGUAAUUCUGAAACUCGUUGAACUAGAACCACAGAAUGGAGAUAACUUUUUCUUACUGUCAAAUUUAUAUAUCCAACAGCAAAGAUGGGCAGAAGUUGAGGUAGUGAGGGAAAUUAUUAAGGAUAGAGGUAUCCAGAAUCUUCCUGGCUACAGUUCAGUUGUUAUCAACAGUGAAAUAUUUGAAUUCGUUGCAUCAUAUGAUAUUAAACCUGGACUUGAGGAGAUACAUAAACUUUUGGCAUGUAUGGCCGAGAAUCUAAGACUAUCAAGCUGUGUUACUGAUAGUGAAAUGUUGUAGCAUGAUCUUGUUGAAGAGAGAAUUUUUUGGUUGCCUCUUCUCCUUUUGUAAAUCAGUUAUUACCUAAUAUUAACCUUCAUAAGAUUUUUGCCAAAGUUAACCUAUCUCUGUUCUCUGGGAUAGGCUGGAGCUUGGUAAUUGGUAUCUCACCUGAAAGCCGAAGCCAAGAAGACAUAAAUGACUCAGGCUUACCUCUCAUGAAAAUUUUAAAGUUCAUUAUCAGAGUGCUCUGGUAAUGCCUGAACCCCUUCAAUUAAAAAUGCUUACUGAGCUACAAUGUCACUAUGAUUAUGUCUUGUUAAUUUGUGGACUGCUUGUCCAAGUUUUCUUGUGAACAGGUAACUAUGUGUCACAAACUGACGACCUCGGUAUUUUUUAUACUUUUUUAAGAGGCUAUUUUAAAGUUUUGAUAAUAUACCAAUUGCAUUAAAUGGAUUAUAGGAAGCUGCUGCCUGAAAAUCAAUGGAGCAGCACUUCUUAUCAGAUUAAAUUCAAUUUUACUGAGAUGGACAACAAAAACUAGCUGGAAUAUGAUUCAACAAAUUCCAUGAACUCAUAUUGGAGUUCAUCCACUUCCAAAGCUUUUGCAACAAGCAAAGUGACUGUUGCACCUAUGGCUGAGACUGAGAGGACCCUUUUCUAUUCCCGGGUGUUGGAAUCAUUGUUAAGUCAUCAUGAGGCUGUGUUUUGGGGAGCAUAUAUACUGAAUCUGAACGAGUAUGUAAAAUUCAUAUUUUCAUGUUACAGCUGAAAAUAAUUAAACAAAUAAUCUGAAUAUAUCCCUGACAGUUAAGCAACUAAUAGGGGUGAUAUGUGAGCCCUUAGGCCUUAAUCCAAAUCUGACUAAGAUUUGCAAGGGUAAGGCUAUUUCACCCCCUGUUAGUUACUUAACUAGCUAGGCAAAUAUAAUUUUUCAUAUUUAAAAUGGAAAACACUUGUGUCUUGUUGGUACAGCCUUUUGAAGGCUUUCCCGACAUGGCAUAAUUUUGCCGGUUUCUCUACUAAUAAACAUUCAAAAAACUGCAUACAGGGCAGUACUUUGUGUGACCACUAUCAUCAAUACACAAAAAGCAAAAUAUGCCAACCUCAAAUCUUUCACUGGAACAGUGGAAUGUUGUUCUUUGUAAAUAUUACUGCAUAUUACUUUGACAUUGAUUUGUUGAGCUGGCUGAAGCAGAGUAUUGCUUUAUACUUCAAAUGUAUGUGCUCCAAGUUGAGUGAAAUGAGGACUUUGACGAGCUACUUGAAGCAGUUCAAAAUCAUCAUAAACAUCACGAUACACCUCCAAAUUAGCCUCCGCGUUCAUCAGAGCUGAUACACAUAGCUCUUUCCUCCAUUCUUCCAGGCGUGGAAAUCCCACUUUAUCCGCAUACAGGUCACAGUACUGCAGCAAAAGGCAUAAUUAAAGGAGAUCUGAAGAUAUUAAUUAAUACCUUCCUAGGUAUUCCAACAAAUGAUAGAGAAGGAGCAAGCGAAGGAGGGAACGUAUGCUCGUAUAAAGGUCCAACGCGAUCAUCAUCCACCUCAAUGAUUCCUUUGGUGUCAAGAAAUGGAAAUGUAUAUGAAUACCUACAGUAAACAGUAAUCAUCAAGCCUUUGCACACUUUUGGGACAAGGAUGGCACCUUGAGAAGCCUAAGCUAGUAACACAUACACUCAGGUGUUUGUUUGGUGUACUCAGGUGACUAUAUAUAUUUACUCCAAUUUUUAAGUAUUAUUGUUUGUUUUACUAGUACUCCAAGUCUCCAAAUUACUCGUCCUUGUCUAGCUGUACAAUUGAUGUAAUAAUACUCGUAAAGAAAUUUAUGAAAAUUUUAAAUUGAUAUCUUCUA